AUGCAGGUCGAGAACUGCGUCUCGCUGCCGAGUGAACUCUCCAAGAAAUUUAUGAAUGUGGGCAGUGGCUUUGCGAGCUCCAAUGGAUCGGAGGAGCUCUCGUUGCAGGACCAUCCUAUUCUAUCUGCGAGUGACAACCUGGAGAGAAGUUCACCUCUGAAAAAAAACUCCAGGGAGAUGACGAAUCAGUCAGAGGCAGACAAUUUCCCCGACUCCAAGGACGCAUCAGGGGACGUCCAGAGGGGCAAACUCUCUCCUGGUCUGCACGGAGUCUCUGACAUCCGUCAUAAUUUCGAUGGAGCUGCAGGAGAGAGGUGCAUCUUUUCUCCCUCUACUCAGCCGCAGUCCGUCUCAGCAGCAGCAGCAGCAGCCCCCGGCGCCAUGUUCCCCUACCCGAGCCAGCAUGGACCCGCGCACCCGGCUUUCUCCAUCGGAAGCCCCAGCCGGUACAUGGCCCACCACCCGGUCAUAACCAAUGGAGCGUACAACAGCCUUUUAGGCAACACUUCUCCACAAGCCUACCCGGCAGCAGGCUACCCCUACGCGCAACAGUAUGGACACACGUACCAAGGAGGGGCUUUUUACCAGUUCUCCUCGGCGCAGGCGGGACUGGUUCCCGGGAAGGCGCAGGUGUACCUGUGCAACAGGGCCCUGUGGCUGAAGUUUCACAGACACCAGACAGAGAUGAUCAUCACCAAGCAGGGCCGGCGAAUGUUUCCAUUUUUAAGCUUCAACGUUUCGGGCCUCGACCCCACCGCGCACUACAAUAUAUUUGUGGAUGUCAUACUGGCUGAUCCGAAUCACUGGCGAUUCCAAGGCGGAAAGUGGGUGCCCUGUGGCAAGGCGGACACAAAUGUGAUAGGUAAUAGAGUUUAUAUGCACCCGGACUCACCAAACACUGGUGCGCACUGGAUGCGUCAGGAAAUCUCUUUUGGAAAACUAAAGCUCACAAACAACAAAGGUGCCUCCAACAACACGGGCCAGAUGGUGGUCCUCCAGUCGCUGCACAAGUACCAGCCCAGGCUCCAUGUGGUGGAGGUGAACGAGGACGGGACAGAAGACACGAGCCAACCAGGAAGAGUCCAGACCUUUACCUUCACCGAGACGCAGUUCAUCGCUGUCACCGCGUACCAGAACACAGAUGUACGAGCUUAGAUUUCCCUCCAUGUGUUCAGUCCAAUCAUUUUAGACAAUGUCUUCAGUGUAUACACAGGCUGCGACAUUGACCGCCUAACUCCAUCACCGGGUGACUCUCCGCGUUCACAGAUCGUGCCGGGUGCGAGAUACGCCAUGCCCAGCUCCUUCCUGCAGGACCAAUUUGUCAGCACUUAUGCCAAAUCUCGCUUUCACCCUGGCGUGGGGACUGGUCCUGGCACGGAGCGCAGCGUCCCACUCGGCAACAGCUUGCUAUCCCCGCAGCAAAGCGAGGAUCCCACUGUUGCCACCCCCCCGCAGCGAUGGUUUGUCACCCCUGCCAACAACCGACUGGACUUUGCAGCCUCGGCAUACGACGCGGCGGAUUUCGCCGGUAACGCGGCCACCUUGCUGUCCUACGCAGCGGCCGGAGUGAAGGCGCUCCCCCUGCCCGCAGCGGGCUGCUCCAACCGGCCUCUUGGCUAUUACGCAGACCCGUCUGGCUGGGGGGGACGCACGCCGCCGCAGUACUGCGGAGUCAACACCAAGUCCGCCUCGGUCUUCUCCUGCUGGCCCGCCAACUCCAUCGGCGGCAGGGCGACCGCCAACUACCUGUCGGAGGAGGGGGACUCCAUCGGCACGGAGAGGUCACCGAUCGGGGGCUCGGAGGAGGCCAAACCCAAGGACAUCACGUCCGAGUCGAGCUGGAUCGAGACGCCGUCGUCGAUCAAGUCGAUCGAUUCGAGCGACUCGGGGAUCUUUGAACAGGCCAAACGGAGGCGGAUCUCCCCCUCCGCCACGCCGGUUUCUGAGUCCGUGUCCCCGUUAAAAUCCGAGCUGCUGGCACCGAGAGAGUGCGAGAAGAACUGCACCAAGGACAUUGGUUACUACAGCUUCUACCCUCACAGUUAAAACCAUCCAUCCA